GGCGGCCCAGCCGUCUGCUCCCGCCGCACCCCCGUUCCACCUGGUGGCUCCGGCCCUGGCCGCGGCCACCGCGGCGGUUCCCCGAGCUAGUCCCGGACGCGCGCCCGGGCGGCGGGGGCUCGGCGGCCACCGCUGCCUCGGGGGAGCGAGGGCGGGAGGGUGUGUGUGCGCGCGUGUGAGCAGGGGGUGCCGGCGGGGCUGCAGCGGAGGCACUUUGGAAGAAUGACUCUGGAGUCCAUCAUGGCGUGCUGCCUGAGCGAGGAGGCCAAGGAAGCCCGGAGGAUCAACGACGAGAUCGAGCGGCAGCUCCGCAGGGACAAGCGGGACGCUCGCCGGGAGCUCAAGCUGCUGCUGCUGGGCACAGGAGAGAGUGGCAAGAGCACGUUUAUCAAGCAGAUGAGAAUCAUCCAUGGGUCAGGAUACUCCGAUGAAGACAAAAGGGGCUUCACCAAGCUGGUGUAUCAGAACAUCUUCACGGCCAUGCAGGCUAUGAUCAGAGCCAUGGACACUCUCAAGAUCCCCUACAAGUACGAGCACAACAAGGCUCAUGCACAAUUAGUUCGAGAAGUUGAUGUGGAGAAGGUGUCUGCUUUUGAGAAUCCAUACGUAGACGCAAUAAAGAGUUUAUGGAAUGAUCCAGGAAUCCAGGAAUGCUAUGAUAGACGACGAGAAUAUCAGCUAUCUGACUCUACCAAAUACUAUCUUAAUGACUUGGACCGCGUUGCCGACCCUGCCUACCUGCCUACGCAACAAGAUGUGCUUAGAGUUCGAGUCCCCACCACAGGGAUCAUCGAAUACCCCUUUGACUUACAAAGUGUCAUUUUCAGAAUGGUCGAUGUAGGGGGCCAAAGGUCAGAGAGAAGAAAAUGGAUACACUGCUUUGAAAAUGUCACCUCUAUCAUGUUUCUAGUAGCGCUUAGUGAAUAUGAUCAAGUUCUCGUGGAGUCGGACAAUGAGAACCGGAUGGAGGAAAGCAAAGCACUCUUUAGAACAAUUAUCACAUAUCCCUGGUUCCAGAACUCCUCGGUUAUUCUGUUCUUAAACAAGAAAGAUCUUCUAGAGGAGAAAAUUAUGUAUUCCCACCUAGUUGACUACUUCCCAGAAUAUGAUGGACCCCAGAGAGAUGCCCAGGCAGCUCGAGAAUUCAUCUUGAAGAUGUUCGUGGACCUGAACCCAGACAGUGACAAAAUUAUCUACUCCCACUUCACAUGCGCCACAGACACCGAGAACAUCCGCUUUGUCUUUGCUGCCGUCAAGGACACCAUCCUCCAGUUGAACCUGAAGGAGUAUAAUCUGGUCUAAUUGUGCCUCCUCGACACCGCCCUUCCCUUCCUUGGUGGGCUAUUGAAGCUAGACGAGAGGGACUGUAUUUCUGUGGAAAACAAUUUGCAUAAUACUAAUUUAUUGCCGUCCUGGACUCUGUGUGAGUGUGUCCACAGAGUUUGUAGUACAUAUUAUGAUUUUAUUUAAACUAUUCAGAGGAAAAACAGGAUGCUGAAGUACAGUCCCAGCACAUUUCCUCUCUCUCUUUUUUUUUUAGGCAAAACCUUGUGACUCAAUGUAUUUUAAAUUCUUGGUCAUGCACUCACAAAGUUAAGAGUUGUCUCCCUGUCUCUGUCUCUCUGUCUCUCUCUCUCUCUGUCUCUCUCUCUCUUUUUGUCUCUCUCUCUCUUCUAUUGAGCAAAACAAAGCUGAUUCCCCUUUUCCUAACCCAUACUUCCCUCCUGAUUUUUCCCAGGUUACAAUGGCCUUUUUUGUAGUUCCAUUCUUGGUCAGAUUUUUUUCAUGAAUGAAAAAGUCAGGACAAUGCCAUUUGAUUUAAGCCAUCAACAUCAGCUUAAUUUAACAGUUUGUGGUUUUUGCUGAAGGAUUAUAAGUAUUAAUACUAUGGUUUUAAAUGUAUUGCUCUGAAUACACGUAUAGAGUUUUUUUUAUAUAUAAAUAUAUUGUCUUGCCUCCCUUUGGGCUAGGACAAUGGAUGCCCAUCCAACGGUUGUCAUUUCUUUUGGAUUUCUACCUUCAGCCAUAGCAUGGUUGCUCAGAGAAUGUGCAAGAAGUCAGUAAGGCAAGGGCAAAGACACACAGAAAGAGUCCUUUCUUUUGAAAUGCCAUGUGCCAUUGUCCUUCCUCCCUUCCUUGCUGCUUUUUCUUUUUUUUUUUUUUUUAACCCUCUCUUCUUUAAAUUGCAGAUGCCAAAAAAUAAGCCAACAGACACUACAUUACCCCAAUGGCUGCUACCCAGAGCCUUUUCCGAAUGGCUCUUAAUUUUUUUUCCCCUGUUAAGACUUUUCCUUCCUUGUUUUUCUUAUUGUUUGGGCCACAAUUUUUAGAUGACUUUUAUUAUGGGUAUGUGUUGCCAAAGCUGGCUUUUUGUAAAACAGAAUAAGAGCUUAAAAGAUAAAAGCCAGUAUCUUAAAAUGUCAGAGAAUGAGACUGUGAAGCCUAAAAUGAUUGGCUGUGAAUGAACCUGCACCACCAAUUGCCAAAUGAUUGGCAACUGUAAAUUUGAUUCUCAUGGUCCAUUCUUUUCUUUGCCCUUAAAUCACAUUGUUUAGUGUCCAUGUCCCAUGUUGAGUGUCCAAAUCAGCAAUGUGGAAAAGUGUCCUCUGUGAUGCAACAUGCAAUCUGCUUGUGUCUCUUCAUUUGAAGCCAACUGUACUCUCUGUAUGUUCUUUAAGGUCCAGUAGGUCUGCCAAGAACAUGAUUGAUAGUAUUAAGCUGACACCUUUAAUUUGCAAAUCUGAAGUUCCUGCUAGUUUACCACUUUUGGAUCUUUUUAAACUGGUGACUAAUUAAGUUGAACUUAAGAAAGAUUUAUGAACUUAACUCAAAAGUAACCUCUCUGUUGUGUAGAACAUGUAUUUAUGUAACUGAACCUACUAAGAGAGAUGUUUGGAAUUCUAUAUGUGCAAUUUUCAACAAAUGCAAAAAGUACAGCACAUGUAUUGAUGAGCUUCUGUCAAGCAGCUUGAGUUGAAAUAUGAUUUAAGAAAAUUAAUCAUAAUUGUUUUAAACUGCUGGGAAGUUAGAAUCAGGCCAUGACACUGGUCUCAUUUUAACUACUAUACUAUUUGGCAUGAGGCUAAACUUCCACAUGGAUCAAUCUCUUGGAACAACAAAAGGGAAGGAGGAAAUUAUUAGAUGAGUACCAGAGUUACUAAAUAGUAAUGGAACGUUCUCAUUCUUUACUCUCCCAGCCUCAGACAACACAGGUUACUUUUUUUUCCUUGCUCAGAAAGCACCUGUAAUUAAGAAACAGACUGCCUGUAGGUAUAGCGCAAUUACAAUCGCUCUAAUCAUUGUACAUACAUCUCUCUCUUGAUAUUGCAGCAUCCAUACUGGCUUUGUAAUCCUUAAUUUUUUGGCAGAUUGAAUGUGCUGUAUUGAUAUGUAUCUAUGUAAUUGUAUUGUAUGUCUUAUAGCUAAUUCACAUUUUGGAUAAUGUUAUUUUAUUUACUUUUUUAAGAGAGGAGAAUGUAAAUUUGUCAGUUUAUUUCUGACUAGGGAUAUUUUUUUUUUUUCCAUUUAGAAAAGAAGAAAAAAAAAAACCUUACUAUCGUACAGAGCGGUACUAGCAUCGUGCUGUAUAAAAUCAUUUGCACAUUCCUGAGUAGAGGUAUACUGAUUAUAAGACCCAAAGGUAAUUUCAUAGCAAAAUACAUAAAUCAGUUGGAGCUUUUAUACAAACAUGGAAACCAACUUUGUAGAACUUUUGCCAUUUGACCUAGGAUUGGAAUAUGAGCUUUUAUACAAUUCAUAUUCUUAUUUGGCAAAUGCACAGUUUAGUAUUACCUCUCUGAUGGCCUUUAUUAGAAAGGCAGUUUUAGAAGCUAUUGUGAUCCACUAAGGAAAUGUUUUAACAGCUAGAGACCACUGCUUGCCUGAAAGGGCAAUCUUAAAUUUGGUGCAGCAAAAAAAAUUUAAAAAAAAAAAAAGAAAAGAAAAAAAAAAAGUAAACAUUCGAAGGCCUACAGUGUGUAUAGAGAAAACCUCAUCACAAGAUCAUAAGUGUUACAGUUGUAGGGAAUCAAGAUAUUCUAUUUAAUAGAGCUAUAGUAGAUUGUAGUCAAUUAAACCUGAUCUCAAAGCUCGAAGAAGCCGAGCAAAACAGGGAAAGAUUGUUAUAUUUGUCUUUAUGAAAUUGGGAUGGAAUUGCUAUGCAGAAUUGAGGUUUGUGGCUUCACUGUUCCUCGUAGGGUGCAUGACAAGAUCCCUUCUCUUGAGAAUGGAAAAAAUUGAUCACCCUAGCUUCAGUGAUACGUAGAAACCUAAUUGUAUCCACACUAGUCAAUCGAAGCUAAAGGAUUUUCUUUUUUGUUUCUUUGUUUCGGGUUUUAUCGAAGGGGCUUGGGGGCGGGAAGGGAUUCUUUUCAGUUUUGUAUAAAAACAAAGUUUACUCAUGCUUUAUAUUAUAUUGUGAUUGCAAGCGUUAUAAGCGUGUGCCACUGGACUCCUAUUGAUGCUCUAAGUAAUGGAAGUCUGUGGCGAGUUUUAUGGUGACUUGGGCAUGUUUUAUUCAAAAACAAACACACAGAGACCUUUUUUCAGCAUACCAAGGCAAGCAGCCAGUUCAUGACUUACUUAAUACAUUGCAGUGUACCAGUUUACAGAUGAUUUUUCCCUUUUUUGCGUGAUACGGCAGUUCCAACCCACAGAGAAUCCCUUAUUUGUAAAUUGGAGGUUUGUACUAUGCCUUACAGAGCUUAAAUUAAGAAGUUUGUGCCUCAUAUCUGAAACAAAGGGAAAUAACAGACCCGUUCAAAAGUAAAAAAUCCACUAAAGUGUUGUGUUUUUUUUAACAUUUCCAUAUUAAGAGCUCUGUUGAAUGUCAGGAAUAGACUGGGGUGGGGUGGGGGUAGUCAGGAACCUGUGUCUGUUGUUUCCUAGCAGCUGACAUCUACAAAAGGUAUUUGAAGGACACCUGAAACUUGUAUUUUUUUGUAGAUUAACUGGCAGGUCUAAUAUUUAAGAAAAAGGUAAUUCAGCUAAAGGACAAUUUACUUUUUGUACUUCAGACUAUCUUGAUUGUCAAGGUGUAUGAACUGUAAUCUUUAAACUUAUACUGCCACAUGAUUGUAAAUUUUAGUUGUCUUAAGUUAGGAAUCAGUGAAAUGCUAUUUAUGCUGGAUUUGGGUCAAAAUGACUAUUAUUUGCAAAAAAAAAUGGGAAGAAAGGGCUGCAUAAUGAGAUACUGCAAGACUCAUAUUGGUUGGAAAUAACCUUCAAAUUACUCUCCAUUUCCCUUUGUGUUCAGUUUCUCAAAAAAGAAUGAAUAAAAUGAAAUAUAGCAGAAUGUUAACCCAUAUAAAAAUAAAGUGUACCCAAAUAUUGUAAUGUA